GUGAGCGUGCUGACCACGCUGGAGCGGCGCUUCAAUCUUCAGAGCGCUGAUGUGGGCGUCAUCGCCAGCAGCUUUGAGAUUGGCAACCUGGCCCUCAUUCUCUUCGUUAGUUAUUUUGGUGCUAAAGCCAACCGCCCUCGGUUAAUUGGCUGCGGUGGCAUUGUCAUGGCUUUGGGAGCACUGCUCUCUGCAUUACCAGAAUUCCUCGCUAGUCAAUACAAGAUCACAGACACAUGGAGCAAGGAUCUGGGGCGAGACGUGUGCUCCAACACCUCUAAAGCUGAUGAACCGUGUGGGAAUAGAGCCAAUACCAACAUGAUGUACCUGCUUCUGAUUGGAGCCCAGGUGCUGCUGGGUAUUGGUGCCACACCUGUUCAGCCCCUGGGUGUGUCCUACAUAGACGAUCAUGUGCAGAAGAAAGACUCCUCUCUCUAUAUAGUUGUCAGGGUAACAAGAACAAGACAAAUUUCAUGUUCACAGAAAACAAGAAACACAUCUCAUUCAGGUACAGGCAGCAAUUCUUAUCAAAGCACAAAGAUUUCCAAGUCUCAAAGAAAGUGGGCCAUG